UUAGCCUCCUUUCGCGAAUCUUUUUAUUCUUUAUUUUAUUUCCCCUUUAUUAACAUUGUAUAAAAAUAAAAUAAAAAUACCCCAAGGGAAACACCCAAAAAAUACUCCAAAAGACUGUAGUUUAAUUGAUAUCUUUGAAACCCCAGAUCUGAUUUCUUAUAGAAGGGUUUGUGACAGUUACUCAACAUUUUUGCAAAAGGUGACUCAGUUGAACAAUCAUACAUUUUUGGUAUAUUCAGUGUAAAAUGGAAGAUGGAUUGUCAAGCUUUUGGGGUCCUGUCACAUCCACUGACUGGUGUGAGAAAAACUAUGUUUACUCAUCUUACAUUGCCGAGUUUUUCAACACAAUAUCCAAUGUCCCAGGCAUUCUUUUGGCACUCAUCGGCCUUGUAAAUGCCUUGAGACAACGGUUUGAGAAGAGAUUUAGUGUCCUUCAUAUAUCUAACAUGAUACUUGCCAUUGGGAGCAUGAUAUACCACUCCACAUUACAGCAUGUGCAACAGCAAGGUGAUGAAACACCAAUGGUGUGGGAAAUGCUUCUGUACUUUUACAUCCUCUAUUCACCCGAUUGGCAUUAUCGCAGUACAAUGCCUACUUUCUUGUUCUUUUACGGAGCUUUGUAUGCAGUGGUCCAUGCUCUCUUUCGCUUUGGAUUUGGCUUCAAGGUGCAUUACAUCAUUCUCUGCCUUCUCUGCAUCCCUCGUAUGUACAAAUACUACAUCUACACUAAAGAUGUCUCUGCAAAGCGACUUGCAAAGCUAUAUGUAGCAACCUUGCUUCUGGCGAGCAUUUGUUGGCUAUCUGACAGAGUCUUCUGCAAAGAGAUAUCUCAUUGGCACUUCAACCCUCAGGGUCAUGCUCUAUGGCACAUCCUCAUGGGCUUCAACUCGUAUUUCGCCAACACGUUCCUGAUGUUCUGUCGUGCUCAGCAACGAGAAUGGAAUCCGAAAGUUGUCUACUUCUUGGGUGUUUUCCCUUAUGUCAAGAUUCAAAAACCAAAGAGCCACUGAAAGCAUUUGGUGCAUAUUCAGGUGUGGAAUUCUCUCUUCGACCAUGUUAAACUCCCUCAAAGUCUGAUUUUGGAACUAGCUGUUGUUUUUGGAAGGUUACAGGCAUAGGAUUCACAAUUCUUUUUCUAUUUUGUGUCUUUAAAAAGGGAAAAAUUAUAUAUAUUUGAUGUAAAUGAUAAUUUAAUGUUGAUAUUGUUGGUGGGGCUUUCCUUUUUUUUACUUUAUUUGACUGUAACACUAGUCUUUUUGCUUAGCAAUGGGGCAUGAGAAGUCGUUUGGUCCCA